AUGGGUUCCCAGGAGACACCCUCUACCCGCGCCAAGACCCCUGGAACCUGGAACCUGGAGAGUACCGACAGCUCUAGCCCCGACUCUCUCGGCCACCUGGAAGAGCAAUGGGCCAACUCCUCCCCGGACCUGAAGGAUGAGCAUAGCAAGGACAUGGAGCCAGAGGACUCCAAAGAGCUGAUUUCCUCAGCUUCACCCCCAUCAGGCAGAGAAAUCAUCAGGUACGAAAUCUCUGUGAACCAACGUAACAUCGAAGACGUCUGCCUCUGUUGUGGAAGUCUCCAGGUGUAUAAGCAGCACCCCUUGUUUGAGGGGGGAAUAUGCGCCCCCUGUAAGGACAAGUUCCUGGAAACCUUCUUCCUUUACGAUGAGGAUGGGCACCAGAGUUACUGCUCCAUCUGCUGCUCGGGGGGUACCCUGUUCAUCUGUGAGAGUCCAGACUGUACCAGAUGCUACUGUUUUGAGUGUGUGGACAUCCUGGUGGGCCCGGGGACCUCAGAGCGGAUCAAUGCCAUGCCCUGCUGGGUCUGCUUCCUGUGCCUGCCUUUCACCCGGAGCGGACUGCUGCGGAGGCGGAGGAAGUGGCGCCACCAGCUGAAGGCCUUCUUUGACGAAGGGGGGGCAAGCCCUCUGGAGAUGUACAAGACAGUGUCUGCGUGGAAGAGAAAGCCAGUUCGGGUGCUGAGCCUUUUCAGGAAUAUUGAUAAAGAGCUAAAGAGUUUAGGCUUUUUGGAAAGUGGUUCUGAUUCUGAAGAAGAAAGACUGAAGUACUUGGAAGAUGUCACAAAUGUCGUGAGGAGAGAUGUGGAGAAAUGGGGUCCCUUUGACCUUGUGUACGGCUCGACACGGCCCCGAGGCUCCUCUUGUGACCACUGCCCUGCCUGGUAUAUGUUCCAGUUCCACCGGAUCCUGCAGUAUGCGCGGCCACCCUCAGGGAGUGAGCAGCCCUUCUUCUGGGUGUUCGUGGACCAUCUGCUGAUGACCGAGGAUGACCAAGUCACAGCAGACCGCUUCCUUCAGAUGAAGGCUGUGACCCUCCAGGACGUCCGAGGCAGAGUCCUUCAGAAUGCUGUGCGGGUGUGGAGCAACAUCCCAGGGGUGAAAAGCAAACACGUGGCCCUGACAGAGAAGGAGGAGCAGUCUCUGGAAGCCCAGGCCGGAACCAGAACCAAGCUAGCAGCCCAGAAAGUUGACCCUCUGGUGAAAAACUGCCUUCUUCCCCUGAGAGAGUACUUCAAGUUUUUUUCUCAGAACUCACUUCCUCUUGACAAAUGA